UUUAUAAAGCCCGAACUGGUUUAGACAUCUCACUGUUCUCCUUCAAGAGACACCACAUUAUCACUGCAUCUGCUUUCAAACAGUCGGAGGUCGUGAUGGCGUCUGUGUCAGUCAGCUCUGGUCUGAACAAGACCCUGCGGCAGCACUACAUGUCUCUCCCUCAGAGGGGCUUGUGUCAGGUCACCUACGUCUGGGUCGACGGCUCUGGGGAGGGGCUGCGUAACAAGACUCGAACCCUGGACAGAGAACCCCAAGGAUUGGAGGACAUUCCGGAAUGGAACUUUGACGGUUCCAGCACCUCACAGGCCAAAGGUUCUAACAGUGACAUGUACCUGAUCCCAGUGCGUAUAUUCAGGGACCCUUUCACACUCGACCCCAACAAACUGGUUCUGUGUGAGGUGCUUCAACACACCCGCCUCCCUGCAGAGACUAACCUGCGCUCAGACUGUAACAAGGUGAUGGAGAAGGUGAAGGAGCACAUUCCCUGGUUUGGAAUGGAGCAAGAGUACACUUUCCUGGGGACAGAUGGACGCCCCUAUAGCUGGCCCUCAAAUGGAUUCCCUGCUCCCCAAGGCCCGUACUACUGCAGCGUCGGUGCAGACUGUGCCUAUGGCAGGGACAUUGUGGAGUGCCACUACAAGGCAUGUCUCUACGCUGGGGUCAAAAUCUGUGGGACCAACGCAGAGGUUAUGCCUUCCCAGUGGGAGUUCCAGGUGGGUCCCUGUGAGGGGAUUGAGAUGGGAGACCACCUGUGGAUGUCCCGUUUCCUGCUCCACCGCGUGAGCGAAGACUUUGGAGUCGUGGCUUCGUUGGACCCCAAACCGAUGACGGGUGACUGGAAUGGGGCGGGUUGCCAUACCAACGUCAGCACCAAAGACAUGAGGGCAGAGGGAGGACUGCAGUACAUCGAGCAGGCCAUAGAGAAGCUUAGCACUCGACACGCUGAGCACAUCAAGGUGUACGACCCUCACAACGGCCAGGACAACAUGAGGCGUCUCACCGGCCUCCACGAGACCUCCGGCAUCCACGACUUCUCUGCCGGCGUGGCCAAUCGUGGGGCGAGCGUCCGCAUCCCUCGUCAGGUGGGUCAGGAGGGGCGGGGCUACUUUGAAGACCGCCGCCCCGCCGCCAACUGUGACCCGUACGCUGUGACGGCUGCUAUCGCACGCACCUGCCUGCAGGAUGAAGAGGAAGAUGAAAUAUAAGACCUCAUAAAGGUCAUGUUCAGUGAAUGGAUUCUGAACCUAUGUACCUCACCUGCUAUCAGAUUUGUUAUCAACUGUGAUAUUUAUUUUCUGAUCCCAGGAGCCGGUUAUUCAACCUUUCAUGCCUGUAAUUACUGAAUAGAUAUAUUCCUAUAUUAGAUAUAUGGUACGAUUCCAGUCUAGUAUGUAUUUCUGAUAUCAGUAUGAUUACUGUCCUGUAGUAGUAAUUGUUUUCAUUCCAAAAUAAUAAAAAGGUGUUUCAGAUGA